AUGACGUCUCGACUAGAUGAAUUGAAUAAGAAAUUACAAGAUGAAAGCAAAGGUUUAGCAUCAAGAAAUCAACCAACUAAAUCAAAUAAUUCACUAAGUCCACCAACUACAUCCAACUCAAACACAUUCCCAUCAAUAAAUUCAAUACAAAGAGCAUCUUCAUCUUCACUAUCAGCACCACCAUCACAAUCAAGAGCUCGUCAAAAGGUAGUACUAAAGCCUGGCCACUCGCCAUUAGAUUGGGCAGAACUUAAUCGAAAACAACCGAAAUAUAAAUUAAGAGGUGUUGAACCAUCAACUCCACCACCACAAUACGUCAAGGUAACAAAAGAAGAAUUAAAAAAACAUAAAUCACAAUCGGAUUGUUGGACUUGUAUAAACAAUAAAGUUUUCAAUAUUACUCCGUAUAUAAAUUUUCAUCCUGGUGGAGUUGACGAGAUAAUGAAAUGUGCUGGAAAAGAUGGGACUAGUUUAUUUAAUAAGUAUCAUAGUUGGGUUAAUGUUGAUCGAAUGUUAGAGAAUUGUAUUGUUGGGAUAUAUAUUGGAUAA